AUGACCACAACUGGAGUAUUGAAAGCAAGCGAGACGAUGUUCGACAAGCUCUCGCGAUCUGAGCUGCAAAAGAUUGCAAAGAUGCACGGGAUUAAGGCAACACAGACCAAUGCAAAGAUCAUCGGUGAACUCAUCGCCAAAGGAGUACAAUUGGAAGAACAAGGGGAAGCAGGACAAACCGAUGCUGUGGAGCAGCUGGAGCAGAGAGGGAAGCAGAACAAGCGAGGAAAGAAAGCUGCUGAGAUGCAGGAGGACAAUCAUGUGAGAGGAAAGGUGAAGAACGGAGAAGUGGCAGCACAAACAGACUCUUCCUCCCCCUCCUCCUCCUCCACCACCACCACCACCACCACCUCCUCCUCCUCCUCCGUGACUACAAUCACAACCUCCUCCUCGCCCUCAAAUUACUCUGAGAUGUCAAGGAGCGAGCUCCAGGCCCUUGCCAAGUCUCGGGGUGUGAAGGCAAAUCAGAAGACAGCUGACAUCAUUGCAAACUUGAUCGCUCUGGACGGGGAGACUGCUCCUGAUGCCAUGUCAGCACCAGUCGUAGAUGCCAAGAAGAUGAAUGUUGAAAAAGAAGAGGCUCAGGCUCAGCAAGAGCGCGAGCAGGAGCACGAGCAGCAGGAGCACGAGCAGGAGCAAGAUGAUCAACACAAAACAAUUGUCGAUAAUCAGGAGCAUGUAGAGGAUCAAGAAGACGGUGAUACGAAUAUGAGUGCUGGAAAAGGCGAGGAGGAAGAAAAUUGCCAUCAGCCGGAGGAAGCUCAGUACGCUUCAUAUGUCAGCGAGCAGGAGCAGGAAGACGUUGAGCAGCAGAAGCAACAAGAUCUGGAUGACGGGGCAAGAGGUCCUAGCAAGAGCGCAGCAGCUGCCCAUGAGGAGGAACCUGUGAAGAGCAGCAAGCAAGGAAAGAAAUCCCUCAGCAUGCAGCGCCCUGUGGUGAAGAGCGUGAGAGCAAGCGUCUGCUUCAAGCCUGCCCCGAAGGUCGCCCCCUCCGUUCCGAGUAGGAUGAGCAUGAAGCCUGUCGGAGUCGGCAUGAAGAGGAAGGCAGAGGGAGUGGAGGAGCGACAGGACGGCAGACCUGCCGAGGCGGGGAACGGUAAGGGCCCUCAGUACAAGAGAUAUAAGGGGAAGCUUCCUCCCUUCGAGUUCAACGAGAGGUCGAUCUUCGUGAAGCCUGUCGCCAAGCCCGCUUCUCAUCGCGCUUCUGUUGCGUCUGCUGUGGUCAAGCCCGGCCAGCUUGACAAGAGCAAAAACUUGCAACCUCUCCGAGCAAUGAACGCGCCCCCACUCAAGAUGGCAGCAGUGAAGGAGGAGAAGAAGGACAAGGAGGGGAAAGCAGCGUCCUCAAGAGCAACCUUGUCCGCGACUUUGCAUCCCAACAAAGAGAACAUGAGGGAUACUGCAGUCAGGCAGAAGGCUGCGGUGCCUGCAGAGAAGAGCAACAAAGGUGUGCGGAGGAGAGAGAGCUCGGGUGAAGUUUGUCUGCCCGAGGGACUACCUGUCUUCAUCACUUGA